AUGGCACCCAAAGUCUGGUUCAUUACCGGCGCCUCCGCCGGUUUCGGACGCUCAGUCACAGAAUGCAUUCUGAAGAAAGGAGACAUAGCCGUCGCAACGCUGCGCACACCCUCAGCGCUCGCGGAUCUCUCGGAGCGAUACCCGUCCUCACAGCUGCUCGUGCUCCGCCUGGAUGUAACGCGCCCCGAUGAGAUCAGCGUGGCGUUCGCCGCGGCCUGCGAGGCUUUUGGACGCGUCGAUGUUGUGUUUAAUAAUGCUGGGAUCUGCACGAUCGCUGAGGCGGAGGGCAUGAGCGAUGGAGGCGCGCGCGAGCUGUUCGAGGUGCUGUUUUGGGGCGCGGCGAACGUGACGAGGGAGGCGGUGAGGGUGUUUAGGGAUGUGAAUGUGCCUACUAGAGGGGGGAGGUUGUUGCAGAUGUCGUCGAGGACGGCGCUGGAGGUUGUCCCGGGUGCGGCGCAUUAUGGUGCAGCGUUGGUGGACGUAGCAUUGGAGGCGCUCACGGAAGGGUACAAGGCUGAGCUUGACCCAGCGUGGGGUAUCAAGAUAACCCUUGUCGAGCCUGCCCUCUUCCGUACCAACGCCCCGUGGAGCAACACCCUCGAGCCCGUGCAUCCCGCAUACAGCGAUCCAUCUCUUCCGUCUCGAAAGUACCGUUGCCUCUACCCUGGCGCCGAGCGAUUCUCAGAUGGAGACUCGGAUAAGCUGGCCGAAGUGAUGCACCGGCUUGCCAAUGAGGAGGACCCACCGUUCCGCUUGCCGUUGCAUCGUGUCGCAGUGGCUGCGGCGAAGAGGAAGGGGCUGGGGCUUGUUGAGGCUGCCGAGAAGUAUGGGGGUUGGUCUGACGAUGUCUACCUUGAUGAACUUGACACUGUUAGUACAUAA